AGUAGUAAAACCACAAUGGUCCAACAAAUUCCAGUGUAUCAUUGCUCUGCUUGGGUUUUCUGUGGGUCUCGGAAACUUAUGGAGAUUCCCCUAUGUCUGUCAAAGAAACGGAGGAGAUAUUUACGUAGGUCUAGUCACGGACACUGUGCGACAUGCCUUUAUUUCAUUACCAUUGUGUUACCAUGGCAACAAGAUAGAGGCCUCUGAUUGGUCGAAAUUUAGAAUUUGUCCGAUUACGUUCAAAUUUUGUAUAUUGACAUGGCAUGGGACUCCGAACUCAACCACACACGUUUUCAAUUUUACCAUUUCAAUGGAAAGGAGGCCUGUGAUUGCUCCUUUAAAUGCUAAACCCUAUUUCACAUAAUCUUUAAAAAAACCAAGAGGUUUUGAUUAUGUCUUCCGAUAUGAUUGCAGAGGAACGUUUGGAUACUCAUGUUAACAUUUUCAUACGUAUGCCGGAAGUAUUUAAUUCCCCAUAGGACAGUUCUACUUAGCUUUUUUUUCAUUACGUAUAAGAUUGCCGAAAGGCCUAUGUGAGAUAUUGCCAUCCGUCUUUGUACGGCGUGCGUCAUCCGUCUUGCGAAAUCUGUUCAUAAUCAAGUACGAUUUUUUCAUAAAAUAUGUCGAAAGAUAGCAUUUAUAGCUCACCUGGUACGAUUGGUUGGUUGGUUGGUUUGUUGUUUUAGCAAUAUUCCAGCUUUUUGACGGCGGUCUGUAAAUAAUCGAGUCUGGACCAGACCAAUCAAGUGAUUUAUAUUAUGAAAAUCGAUCCACGCAAUUGGGAUCGAUGACAUGCAUCAACCAAGUCAGCGAGCCGGACCACCCACCCGAUCCCGUUAGUCGCCUUUUACGACAAGCAUGGGUUGCUGAAGACCUAUUCUACCCAGGAUCACCUGGUACGACAUAAGCUCACCGCGGAACUUCACCUAGUACGAAGUUCCGCGGUGAGCUUAUGUCAGCUCCCCCAGGAGAACGAAUGGUCGGUCAACGCCAAAGAAAUACUCUAUAGGUCGUAUGCCUUUUGUUAUUUUUUCGCUUUUUUCAAUCAACAAUGGUCUUACUACGGAAUAUACUAAACUGCUAUAGAAAAGGCAUAGACUUCAUAUACGAAAAAUAUAUAACUUUUCAUGGCUAUAUUUGACUCGACACGGUACUUGUGAAACCGACGGGGUGUUUGUUUUAAAAAAAGUAAUAUCAUUGCAUUGGAAUUCCUGUCGUUUUUAAUAUCAUCUCUCAUAUGCGUAAUACUGCUUCAAAAUGUCCAUUAUUUUAUGCCUAAAACACUGUUAAUGGGCCAUUCUAACAACCGACAACCAUCUACGGCUUGGUCUGGUCUGCUUGGUCUGAGUCCUCCUUUCCGUCCCUAUAGUGUAAGGAUAUUAACGGAAAUGAGUUUAACCUUGUAGAGUAUCCUUUGUACAACAGUAAGUUUGAUAGAGAUCGGUUAAAAGAGGCAGUGGUAAUAAAACCUGCACAAAGCAACCAGGUGGUCGUUGUAGAGAGGGAAUCUAAAAAUGAUUAGUCAUUUGUUCAUCUCGACAAAGUAAUAAUCAAUUAAAUCUUGGAAGUUUCAUGAAUGUUCGAUAAGUAUUAUUUCAGAGUGAUGACCCCAAAUGUAAACAAAAAAAUAUAAUCUGUCACUUCAACAUUAUUUGUCACAAUAACAGGCCAAAUAAGGUCUAACUUUCAGUGCAUAGGUGUACACACUUUGUAAGACUAUGAACCAGGUAUGCAUAAAGGCAAGAAUGGCGAGCAAGUAUAUUAACCUCUCAGAUAAGGUAAGCAUGAUUUACACAUGUGGUUAAAUAACGACAUUAUGACAAUAUAUACUUAUCGCCAAAAGAAGUACGUAUCUCAUACAUGUUGGGUACAAAAUGAAAACGUACUCAUAUACAAGAAAUAUUAGAUUAUCAUGAACGCAUCACAUGUGACGUCAUAGAUCCAUGACUCGAGAUGCAUCAUUUGUCUCGGGCAGUAUUAGCGUGUAAAGUUUUGAAAUCACGUGCAGCAUAUCGUGAUAAGAAUCAAGUAACACUCGACUGAUUGUUAGUUUAGUCGUUAAGUGGUGCACAUUGGAAACAUCCCUUUUUAACGUACAUACUUCUUUUUAUGUUUCUAUGCUUUGCGUGUCUUUUGGCGGCGAGUAUAUAUUGCAUUUCAAAAUAAGAGAUUACAUAUUGAUAACAUAACCUGAAAGUUUCAUUGGUUUAAAAGAAUUUUGCUUAUUGACGAUAAAACGAAAUAACAUGGUUAACAUAUAUGUAUUUGCAGACAUAAUGUUGAUUUUGAUAAAAGUGGUUCUUUGAUAAAAAUAAGCCAAAUACCAGAAUGUGAUUGUUUCAUUUCGUUUCGUUUGUGGUUCAUUUUUAUCGUAUUAAUGCUGUGUUGGUAAACGGUAAAAAUUCGUUUGUAAGAAUUAUGGCAGUUUUUUAACGGUACUCUGAUAAGUGACGUUUCUUUAUAGUGUAAGUAACUACAGGAAUCUUCAAUGAGAUUGGAGAAAUACCUCGUCACAUGAUGGGCCUUAGAUCAGACGCUGUGUUGCAGUAUCUGAGAAAAAGAUUAGUGAAAAAGACACUUAAGGGAACAUCGGAUGCACUACAGCCUCCAUUUUCAGUCUUAAGGGCAAACGUUGUGCGUUUCUGAUCCCUCACAUCAUAUUCACGAUUACUGUGGCGGUUCCUCUCUUCUUCCUGGAGGUUGCUCUCGGUCAAUUUUCCCGUAAAGGUCCCAUAGGAGUGUGGGCAAUGUGUCCUCUAAUGAAAGGUAUUGGCUUUAGUAUCAUGACUAUUAGCUGCCUUAUCGUCCCAUACUACAGUAUGGUGUUUGCCUGGGCCCUCUACUACAUAUACAGCUCCUUCGCCACCGUCCUGCCCUGGACAACAUGUGGCAACGCGUGGAACACUCGUCAGUGUGUGGCUGUUGGUGCUUUACGAGGUGGGAUUAAUAGAUCGACAGAGAUAGAUGGAACAAUAUCAAACUUGACCGAAUACCUUGCGGUAAAAGAGGUGUCUGGUGAAGCCAACAUUAGCUCUGGGGCGACGAAGGCAUUUGGACAUACUGCAACAGAAGAAUUCUGGCAAUACAAAGUGCUGGGUAUUUCUUCUGGGAUAGAGGAUGUUGGCACCGUUCAGCUUCAUCUCCUCAUCUGCUGGUUUCUUACAUGUUUAUUCUUGUUCCUGUGCAUCAUGAAAGGGAUCAGGUCUCUUGGCAAGGUAGUGUAUGUGACGGCAUUGAUGCCAUACAUACUGUUGACGGUGCUGCUGAUCAGGGCGUGCAUGAUGCCGGGUUCUUUGGAUGGGAUUCUGUAUUAUGUCACUCCUGAUUUUAACCGGCUGCAGCAAUCACAGGUGUGGCUAGAAGCAAUUCUUCAGGUGUUCUUCUCAGUGGGUCCUGCUUGGGGGACUAUUAUCACCAUGUCAAGCCACAACUCUCCUCAUAACAACAUUGUCAGAGAUUCCAUCCUAGUCACUCUGUUAGGAGAGUUGACCAGUGUGUUUUCCGGGUUUGUGGUGUUUGCAACUGUGGGUUUCUUGGCGCAUGAUCUCGGACAACCCGUAGCUGAUGUCAUCACUUCAGGUCCAGGCAUUGGGUUUAUCGUGUACCCAGAGGCAGUUUCCCUGUUACCGUUCUCCCAUCUUUGGUCGGUGCUGUUCUUCUUGAUAGUCCUGAUGAUGGGGGUCGAUACAACGUUUGGAAAUAUUGAGGCUGCCCUUGCCUGUAUAGAAGAUGUUUUGCCACGCCGAUUUCACGUCAAACACCUCCAGACUAUUUUAGCCGCUCUGUUCAUGAGUCUUGUAUUCCUUUCCGGGCUUCCUUACACAACAAAUGCAGGAGUGUACAUGUUCCAGUUAUUUGAUUGGUAUGUUGCUGCUGUUGCAUGCUUUCUCAUCGGUACAUUAGAAUGCCUGGUUGUCGGCUGGUGUUAUGGUAUGAAGCGUUUCGCUGCUGACGUGGAGGCAAUGAUUGGAAAACGACUUCCAGUUAUUUAUAAGCUGAUGUGCUUCAUCGUCGUACCCGCCCUCCUGAUGGUUGCUAUGGGUCUUGCUGUCGCUUCUUAUAAACCACCGACAUACGGGGGUUAUGAAUACCCUUAUUUCGCCGUCAUCAUUGGUUGGUGCAUUGCUCUGUCGUCGGUAGUGCCCAUUCCUGUCACCUUUGUGAUGCAGAUCCUUGAUGAAAGGGGCUCUUUAGCUCAGCGUGUGGAAUCCGCCAUGACACCAAAUUCCGAUUGGGCACGGUGUAGGCGACGAUAUGAUGUUCAUGAGAGGACCAAUUGUACCAUGAAGGACAAUGCCUUAUUUCUGUUCAAUCAAUGAUUUACGAUCAUCCGUCGAGGUUAGCUCACAUUUGUGUUUCCGGCUAUGCAUCAGUGAAAUUCAGCUCUCUGCAGAGAAUAUACUUCAUCAUAUCUGUGGAUAUGCGUUGGCCUAUUGAAUGUAUGAUCCACUUUACAUUCCGGCAGUUGAUUAGUUAAGUGUGUUCAUGUGUUAUAAUACGCAGUUAUCAUAUACUGACAUUUUCGAAUCUGCGAACACGUCCGUUGUCGGUAAUAUUUAGUAAAUGAUACAUGACAAGUGUCGUCUUGUUUGUAUUACAUGAAUGUUAGACCCUCGAGCUUUUAUAAAAAGCGGUCAUCUUAUACACGGCAAAUGUUAAAUUAUGUUAUGUUUGGUAUGUACAAAAUUCAGACAACUGAUGCAUAAACAUUACCUGAUUCCAGGAAAUGAACAGAUCAAGGAAGAGGCAAGUUAGCUUCAACAGCAUAAUAAAUACACCAACCA